AAUAAUUUGCUAACAUUCUAUAGAUUAUUUUUUCUAUAUUUUUUUGAAUUGAAUAAAUUAUAAACAUUUUAUUUUUCUGAAGUAUAUUGAUAAAAAAAUUUGUUAAGAAAGACAAACUUACAGAGAAGGAGUUUGUACUUUUGCCCUACAUAUAUUUAUUAGUAUAGUAAAUAUUUAAUAUUUACGCCCAUAUUCUAAUGACAAAGCAAUUUUACUAUAUUCAAUUAUAUGUAUACAAUAUAUAUAUUAGAGUCUAGAUAAUUCAGUAGUCAUUUAUAUCUUAUAUCACAUUAGAUCACUAUCAGUUUAGAUCACAUAUAAAAGAGCCGGUGGAAAUAUACAAGUCUGUCUUACAUUAAUUUUAGUAUUUUAGAUAUUAAUUUCAAUAUUUUAGAUAUUAGAAUUAAUUGCCGAUGUGUUUAUAAAUAAUGAGUUUGCAGUGGACUUUAGUUGCUGCAUUUCUUUAUAUUGAAAUUGCAGUAGUAUUAUUAUUGGUUUUGCCAAUAAUUUCUGCACCAAGAUGGCAAAAAUUUUUUAAAUCUAAAUUUUUAAAAAGAUUAAGUAACCAAGCAUCAAUUUAUUUUUUAAUUUUAAUUGGAAUCUUAGUUUUGUUUUUAUUAGAUGCCAUUAGAGAAAUACGAAAAUAUUCUAUGAUUGAUGAGCAUAAAGAGCAUCAUUUAGAUGCUGAAAUGCAAGGUAACAUGAGAUUAUUCAGAGCAGAACGGAAUUUUUAUAUAUCUGGUUUUGCAUUAUUUUUAUGUCUUGUUAUACAACGGCUUGUGAUUUUAAUUUCUAAACAAGCUACUUUAUUAGCACAAAAUGAAGCAGCUAUACGACAAGCACAAUCUGCAACUACAACAGCAAAACAAUUAUUGUCACAAAAAACAGAAAGUACACAGAAUGAUUUAAAUGAAGUUCACAAUGAAGAGAUAGCAGAAUGGAAAAAUCAAAUUAAAGAUUUACGAACAAAAAAUAAAGAAUUGGAAGAUCAGCUUAUAAAAGAAAAAAAAGAUAAAGAAGCUAUAAAAUCUCAAGCUGAAUCUCUUGCUAAAGAAUAUGAUCGGCUAAAUGAUGAAUAUAAUAAUCUUCAAUCAAAUGGUGAUAAGAAAAGUGAUUAAAUAUUUUAUUUUAUUAUUUUUCUAUUUUUAAUUAUAUUUUUCAAUUUUAAAUUUUAUUAUUAAAUUUUGAGAUAUAUAACUUUUAUUGUAGGGGAAAAUAAUUAUUUUAAAUUAUUACAUAUACAUAUACAUGGAAAAUUCUAACUCAAAAUAGUUUUAAAAAAUUGAAAUAAUUUUGAAGUAUAUUAUUAUGAUUCUAAAAGUUCAAAAUUUAUUAUAUAUUGUUUAUAAUAUAUAUAUUAUUUAUAUUAAAUAUUGUAUUAAUUUAUGUUACAUAAAUAUAUAUUGAUACGCUUGUAUAUUGAUAUUGUACAAUAUUUGAUAUAAGUGAUAUUUAUAUUAUAAGUUAUAAUAUAUAAUUAUUGUCAAUUCUUUUUAUGAAUUAUAAGUUGAUAUUAUAUCUAUUUAAAAUUUAUUUUUUCAAUUACUAUAUAGAAAAAAAUAUUUAUUCCUAAAAAGUUUUUAAAAAGAGGUUUAUUUUUUUUUUUUUGUUAAUUAUUUAGUUCUUAUUAUAUAAAAUUUCUUAUUAGUGAGUUAUUUUAGCGAGUGGGUUAGCGACUGGUAGCCAAAAGCUUGAAUUUGAAAAAAUCACUAAUUGAAAAACUAUUAUAAAUAUUAUAAGUAACAAUUAAAAAUAUAUGUGUCUAUAUAUAAUAUCAACAAUUUUAGAAUAUUCCAUGUUUUAAAUUUUUCAGAUAAAAAAGAAAAUUUAUUAUUUAAAAUUUGGUUGUUAGUGGUGGAUUUAGUAGCUUUAAAACUGAUAAUCAUGAAAGAUUAUUAUACAUGCUGAUUAUAAAUUAAUAUAGUUUUUAUUAUUUUUAAAAAAUAUUGAAAAAAAUAUGUUGUUGUAAAAUUAUACAAAACUUUGUGCAAAAAGAAAUAUCUUUAAUAUUUUCUAAUAUAAAAAUUAUUUUUAUAUUAGAUAAACAUAACAUUUAUAUUUAUAUUUUUGAACUUAUUAGUAGAAUAAUUUUUUUUUAAACAUAAAAAAAAACUAUUCUAAAAAUAUAUUAUUAAAAAUUAAAUAAUAUGGCAUUAUUAUGUAAAGCUAAAAAUAUUAUAAAUUAACAAUAUAAUAAUAAAAUAAAAAGCAUUAUUAAGAAUAUAUAAGAAGAAAAUACAAAACAAGAAAUAUUAGUAAUAUUAAUAUUGCAAAGAUAAUUCAUGAAAAAAAAAAUUGCUUAAUAUAUCAAUUGUUUGUAAAAAAUAUAAUUAGUAUUUUUAAAAAUUUUAUUUUUUUUAUGUUCUAAUAUAUAUUUUUUAUUCUAAUAUAUAAUAUAAUGUUUUUGUAUCUAUUAUUCUUUUGUUAUCUAUUAUUCUUUUUAUGUUAUUAUAUUUAAAUUAUAUGCAGUCUUAUUUCAUAUGCAUAUUUAUUAUAUUUCAUAUUUUAUUUAACAUUAUAUUUUUUUGAUUUUAUAUUAAAAAAAUAUAUAUAAAAUUAAUUGAAUUCUA